UGUGGUAAAAAGUCUGUCUUCUUGUUUGUGUGUCUCAGGUCAGACAAUAAGGUGACAGUCCACUUCAUCAACAGAGACGGGGAGAAGAUCACAGUGAAGGGAUCACCUGGAGACUCACUGCUAGAUAUUGUCAUUAACGAAGACCUCGACUUUGACGGCUUUGGAGCGUGUGAGGGAACACUGGCGUGCUCCACAUGCCAUCUGAUCUUUGAUGAGGACGUCUACAAGAAGCUGGGGCCGGUCACAGACGAGGAGAUGGACAUGCUAGACUUAGCCUACGGCCUGACUGACACAUCUCGUCUUGGCUGCCAGAUCUGUCUGACAAAGAGCCUGGAGGGCAUGGUGGCCAGGGUUCCAGAGAGUGUAGCCGACAUCCGGCAGAGCAAAGACGAAUCUGCUUAACCGGGACCCCCCCCUCAUAUUCCCU